GUGUAUCGUUACAGUAGUUUGUUUUUCAGUGAUAGACACGGCUAGCUAGUUAGCUUGUAGCAGCUAGCGCCUUCGCGUUAGCCCCAAAGUAGCCCCACAGGUAAACACAGCCUGACAGGGAGAGGACGGCACACAGCCGCUGUGCUUUCAGAAAGGCUGUCUUCUAUAAGUGGCAAUCAGCCCGGGAUUAGCUACAUAGGUAACGCUAAGUUAAUACGAUGAGCUCAGGAUAUCCUCACUGUCAACACCGUGCUUGAAUUUACACAGGCUAUGUCGGUAGUAUGCGUUUAGAGUAUGAGUAACGUCCCUCUACAACGAAUUUCUUCUACAUCACAACAAACACAGGCCAGUCUGUCCAUCUGGGGAUGGGGGGGUCUUGGAGUCGUGCUGUUCCUCGUCACCUUUGGACCCUUUGCCAUAUUCUACCUGGCCUUUUAUAUCUUCUGCUUCAUUGGAGGGGGCUUUGCGGUCACUCUGCUGUAUGGAAAGAUCAACUCAGAGAAACACCUGGAAAAGUGCGAGCAGUCUUACUUGCCACCCACACAAAUUGGUAUACUAAAGACAUUGGAUGAAAUGAAGCUGGAGAUGAAGCCCAUAAAGAUUGACCGGAGACUGACUGGCUCCAGUUUCAUAGAUGAACCACUACAACAGGUGAUCCAGUUUGCCCUGAGAGAUUAUAUCCAGUACUGGUACUACACUCUGAGCGAGGAUGAGUCCUUCUUAUUGGAGAUCAGACAGACGUUGCAGAAUGCCCUCGUCGAGUUUUCUACACGGUCCAAAGAGGUGGACUGGCAGCCUUACUUCACCACUCGCCUGGUGGACGACUUUGCCACCCAUUUACGUGUCUUUAGAAAAGCCCAGGAUCGCCUCGCUGACAGAGAGGACAAGCAAAGGGACAUAACUGAGGAGCUGGUGGACUCCUUCUUUGAGGCCGAGGUGGAGAUGGAAAGGAAGAUUUGUCGAGACGUAGUGUGCACUUCACACAAAGAUGAAGAAGGUUUUCUUCGGGACUUGUGUGAGUUGCUUCUUUAUCUGUUACUACCUCCUGGAGAUUUCCACAACAAGAACAUGAGAUACUUCCUAAGGGAGGUGCUGGCGCGUGGUGUGCUACUUCCUCUGAUCAACCAGCUUAGCGACCCAGAUUACAUCAACCAGUUUGUCAUCUGGAUGAUACGGGACUCCAGCUGUAACUAUGAAGCCUUCAUGAACAUCCUGAAGCUGACAGAUAAGCCUCCUGAGCUGGAAGCCGUCAAGGACAAGGUGCUAGAGGAGCUGCAGUACCUCCGCUCUCUGGACACCGCAGGAGAUGACAUCAAUGUGAUUAAGAACCAGAUUAACAGUCUUCUGUUUGUGAAGAAGGUGUGUGAGACCAGGAUCCAGAGACUGCACUCUGGCAAGGAGGUGGAUGCCUUGAAGCUGGCAGCCAACUUUGGCAAGCUAUGUGUUAUCCCACUGGAUCACAUCCUCAUCCACAACAUAGCCCUGCAGUUCUUCAUGGAUUUCAUGCAGGCAGCAGGUGCCCAGGCAGAGUUGUUCUUCUGGCUCACAGUGGAGGGCUACAGGGUAACGGCACAGCAGCAACUGGAGGCCAUGCAGGGCUGGCAGAAAGAUGGCAAAAAGCAGCCCUGCGCCACCAAGGGGCUGCUAAAGGCCGCUGCACUGGGUGUCUAUGAACAAUACCUCUCGGACAAGGCGUCUCCCAGGGUGCAGGUGGACGAGGCAUCCGUAACAAUACUAGGGGAGAAGCUACAGAAAGAUGACCCUACACCAGAGAUAUUUGAUGAAAUCCAGAGAAAUGUGUAUGACAUGAUGCUACGUGAUGAGCGCUACUACCCCUCAUUCAAGCAAAGUCCUCUUUACGUCCGCAUGCUAGCAGAGCUGGACAUGUUGAAAGAGCCGAGCUACCGGGGAUCUGAUGACGGUGAUGGAGAAUCCUUCAAUGGCUCUCCCACAGGAAGCAUAAACAUAUCUUUGGACGACUUGUCAAACUCCUGCCAUGAUGAAUCUAUGCACCUACAUGCUUUCAUCUCCGACACAGCUGACGCUUGUCUCCCCGGCUUUUGGGGUACCGCAGGGGUUUGCAAUGACCACGGUAAGACCUACGCGCUGUACGCCAUCACUGUGUUCAGACGCAACCAUGACGGCAGUGAGGACUGCUGGAAGACCUAUCGCCGCUACUCAGACUUCCACGACUUCCAUAUGAGGAUCACUGAACAGUUUGAAAACCUGGCGUCGAUCCUUAAGCUGCCAGGGAAGAAGACAUUCAACAACAUGGACAGAGACUUCUUGGAGAAGAGAAAAAAAGACCUCAAUGCUUAUCUACAGUUGCUGCUGAACCCAGAAAUGGUGAAGGCCUGUCCAACUCUGAUUCCUUAUGUCUAUGACUUCCUAGAGAACAAGGCCUACAGCAAGGGGAAGGGGGAGUUUGCACGCAAGAUAGACACAUUUGUAAAUCCUCUGAGGAGUUCCAUGAGAAACGUGUCCAACGCGGUGAAGGGCCUGCCAGAUAGUCUGGCUGAGGGCAUGACCAAGGUGUCUGAUAACAUGGGCCGCAUGUCAGAAAGACUGGGUCAGGACAUCAAACAGUCCAUACUCAAGGUGCCUCCACUCCUCCCCAAGUCUGACAUUGACCCUGAACACUGUCGAGUCUCUGCUCAGCUUGAUGACAACGUGGAUGAUAACAUCCCUCUGAGGGUAAUGCUGCUACUGAUGGACGAAGUGUUUGACCUUAAGGAGAAAAACCAGUGGCUGCGCAGGAACAUUAAGAACCUGCUGCAGCAGCUCAUCAGGGCCACGUAUGGAGACACUAUCAACAGGAAAAUUGUGGAUCAUGUGGACUACUUGACCUCACCUGAGCAGGUUGCAGACUACGUCAAGAAGUUCAGGGAUUCCUACUGGCCCAACGGUAUUCUGGCUGAGACGGCGCCACGUCGCGACAAGAGCAUCCGCAUGAGAACACGAAUAGCUGCCAAGACCAGUCUGCUGGGCAUCAUGCCAGACGAGCUGAAGCACAUCAUCGGAGCGGACACCACGAGAAAGGGCAUACUCCGCGUCUUCGACAUGUUUCAGUACCAACCCACGAACCGUCGGCUAGUCUACGUUUUCCUGGAGGGCUUCUUGGAGACGAUGUUCCCCCUGUACAAAUUCCCCGAGCUCUUUGUCAAGCUGCACUCCCGCUCACCACGCAUCCACAGAUAUAGCCAGAAACUCAAAUCCUCCUCUCUCAAGAGGUGACAGGAGAGGACACAGGCGGCGGUACAUGGGCCGACUAGACACACACAGACUUGAGAGCUAAGAAUGGGUGGGGCUUGAUGUGAACAUUGGGGUAUGUGUGUGUGAUUUCUGCCCUUCCACUUUCCUCACACACUCUUUUCAGUGAAAACACUCCACUUAUCUAGCUGGUUAUUUCUGUCAAGACAGAACUGAAGGAUGAACAACACACUCUUUCCUCCUCUCACUCUGUGUGACACACACACACACAUACAUGCAAACAUAAAUCCUGUAGUUUGCACCCAGACUGAAAAUGGUCUUUUCUUAUAGUUUAGAUAUUUUCCCUCUUCCUUUUAGGACUUUUUAGUUGUGUUUAGCUUUAUCCUGGGCCAGCCAAUGCUGCUUACUCCUAGUCCAGAGAGCAGACCACAAAUACUGUAUUGUUUUUAAACUACUAGAGUAGAUAGCAUAGACCCACACCUUGCCUUACCUUCCCGCUUCUGUCUUUUGGCCAGCACUCUCUACCAUCUCAAUGACCUGGCAAUUCGGCUGUUGUCAAACUUACCUUUAUGCUGUAGACAUUUCAUCUGCAAAAGCUGCACACUUGUAAACAUGCAACAAUAUUUGUUUUCAUAGCAACCAAAUAUGUCAAUAGCACUGGGUUAAAAAGGCGCUGUUUUUAAAAUGCGACUGAACAAAUAUGGGUCGAAAGAGAUGAUUUAGAUUUUUUUCAGCCUCAAAGCCUCUCUUGAGACAUGAGUUGUUGUUUUUUUUUCUCUUUCCAAGUUACAUUAUCUGUACCACCCAUGAUUCUGAAAGAAUAGAUCCACAUCCCCUUUAACGCUACUGUCAUAACCUGGGAUGACCAAAGCUCAUGCUGUUCCAUUCGUGUGUGUGCACUGGUUUGACAUUGGGAUACUCUGAACAUUACUGUGCUUCACAUCCUUAAUCAUGUGAGGAAAGAGAAUGCAAAGUUGACCUUUACCGACUUAAAAGGUGAGGCUGUGAGGACAAACUGAAGUGUGUUAUAGUUGUGGGAGGCUCAGCUCUGGCUCUCCAAGUGCACUAUCAAAGAAUGUACUCUCUGGUCUAGUGUAUUUGGCUUGUGUAGAAUUUUGUGUGAGUGAGUGGGUGUGUGUGGGUGUGUGUGUGUGUGUUUUAGCACGAAGAUGCAACCCUAUACAGUCAAAACCUGUGCCAGUGUGAGCUAGUGAACCAGCCUUAAAACUAUAAACAGUGUAUACUGACCAAGAGACGCACGCUAGACAUAGCUCUCCGUCACUCGACUGAACGUUACAAGGAAAUCAAGAUAAAGAUAUGGAGAUAUAUCCCUAAUCACUUUUAUUCAGAAAAAUGUCUUUAAUUUUGUGCAAUAUUUUUUUUCUUCCUUUAAUGCAUGUGCAUUUUGAAUCAUUGUAUUCUGAAAAAAGUAAUUAUUUGGGUUUUAAUAAUAGAAAACAUGAAAGAAGCUUCCCCAGAAAUGUCUUCUUAUACGAACAACUUUACAUUCCGUUGUUGUAAAAGUACAAUGUUUAUUUUACGGACUUGUUUUAAAAGUCUGAAUUUUUUUGUUUUUGGUGUGUGGGGUAUUUUACACUUAUCCCUAGCCUACUCGUACAGAAUCUGUGUUUGGGUAUCAAUUGGACAGUGGUAGGGGGUUUUCUGUGUUGCAGCCCGAUGAUUAGGUCAUUGGACUAUAGCUAGUUUAGAGGCAGCCUCAAACAACUGUUUCUUUUUAAGUCAUAAGUGGUGUUUUAUUCAUUCAAGUCUGUUCUGUUGAGGUUAAGAUCUUUGUUAUUAACUGACUGCUGGAGGGACCCCCCUCUAUCCAAUAGGCUCACAGGAGAGCCAUAGCCAGUGACCAAUGGAUUCACUGCUAAUAAGCACUUACCGUAGCAACCGUGGGAGGGCCACUCCCAUUGGCUGGACGGAGCUCCAUUCUGCUGCAGUCAUUGGAUGGAACCCCCUGCUUUCAUUUGCUUGCACUGAGCAGCCCUGGUUGACUCUGAUUGGCUGAGUAGGAGGACAUGAAUUGUAGCCUCGCUUACUGGGAGGUGAAUAUUUGUUCCCACGGUGAAGGAGGAGUCACUUCUAACUUUCUGUACGUCUCUCCAUACAGGAAGGCUUGUCUUUUUUUAACCCCAGUAUUUAUGAAUCUAUGAUAAUGAAAAUUGUGCAUAUAUGUGUACAGUAUGUGUUAAUAGUGUGCCUAAAUGUACUGUCAACUCUAUUUUCAUAUUUUUCUUUAACCUAAAAAAAAAAAUCAAUCAGAAUGUCAUGAUCAUUUUACGCGACUGAAAAUGACUUUAGGAUGUUUUUUUUGCAUCAUGCUUAUCAAACUCUUCCUUGUGAGCAAUUGUGCUCAGAUCAGUAUAACACUAAUAAAAGGUAACUCAGACUAACUGAC